AGCGAAGGCGAGCGGCGGCCGGUGCCGCGCCGCGAGGAGCGGGCAUGGCGGAGGGGAUGCGCUCGCUGCGCGGCGGCAGCCCGGCCUCCAGCCCAGUGCUGGGCGGGCGGGGCCGUGCCGCGCUGGUGGCGGCGGCGGCGGCGGCGGCGGCAGGGGGGAGUAGCGCGCCGGGCCACGGCUUUCGCAGGGUGACCCUCACCAAGCCCACCUUCUGCCACUACUGCACCGACUUCAUCUGGGGGCUGGCCGGCUACCAGUGCGAGGUUUGCAACUUCAUGUCUCAUGAGAAGUGCCUCAAGAAUGUCAAGAUACCAUGCUCCUGUAUUGCUCCCAGCCUUGUAAGGGUUCCAGUUGCACACUGUUUUGGGCCUCCAGGACAUUACAAAAGAAAGUUUUGCACUGUGUGCAGAAAGUCACUAGAGUCACCUGCCUUUCGAUGUGAAGUUUGUGAGCUACAUGUGCACACAGACUGUAUCCUGUUUGCUUGCAGUGACUGCCGGCAGUGUCACCAGGAUGGGCACCAGGACCACGAUACUUAUCACCACCACUGGAGGGAGGGAAACCUUUCUUCAAGUGCUCGUUGUGAAGUCUGCAAAAAAACCUGUGGGUCUUCUGAGGUGCUCUCUGGCAUGAGAUGUGAAUGGUGUGGCAUUCUGGCUCAUGCCGCUUGCUACAUAAUUGUCACACCAGAAUGUACUUUCGGAAGAUUAAGGAAUAUGAUUCUUCCUCCAAACUGUGUGCAGUUAUUUUCUCGCAACUUCAGCAAAUUGCAUUGUUUUCGAAUAUCAGAAAAUUUGCAAACAGAAUCAGAUGAAGAUGAUGACGUUGAUGGGUCAACCCAGGGAUCAGCAAAAGAUGUCCAAAUUUCAACAGAUUCAAGUAAACAAACAUUAAAGAUAUUUGAUGGGAAUGAUGCAGUGAAACGCAAUCAAUUUCGACUGAUUUCAGUACCAAGGAUUGCAAAAAAUGAAGAAGUUGUGGAGGCUGCUCUGAGGGCAUACUACAUAAAUGACGACCAGCAGGAGUAUGAGCUUCAGACCUUUACGCAGCAGGCACUGCUGUCUGAUGAUGUUAUCAACAGGAACGAUGCUGCAGAGGACAGCAACUUGGGCUCAGUAUUCCGCGAAUCCAUUCCUGAAGCUUGGAUCAUCAGAGCCAAACCAAAGGAUGAGGAAGUGAUCAGAAUUUAUCCUGCCUGGCUGAAGGUGGGAAUGGCAUAUGUUUCUCUACGAGUAAAUAAGCAUAGCACUACGCAGACUGUGAUCAAAGAAGUGCUUCCAUUACUUGGAAGGCAGAUGGAGUGCCUCCAGAAUUUCAAAUUGGUGGAAGUGCUUAUGGGCAGUAAGCAAGUUCAGCGCAUGGUCUUGGACAACCAAGAACUGAUUCUUAACAGACUCAAGGACAUAAGAAAGACUUCAAUACGUCAGAUGAAUCAAACAAGAUUUUACAUUGUGGAAAACAGUAAAUCCAUUGUACGAGUAAAUUUAUUUGUUGGUGGCCUUCCACCUCAGCUUACCCCUGAAGAAUAUACAAAUAUUCUCAAGGAUGAAUUAGCUAUCAAAACAAAUGUAGUAUCUGUGAGUCAUGUUUAUCAAGCACAAGGAGCUGUUGUACUUGAAAUUUCAUGCUUUUCUGAAGCUGAAAGAAUAUAUAUGCUAGUUAAAGAUACAACUGUCAAUGACAAGCCUCUGAACGCCAUGGUGAUUCCUGAAGUUAUGGCUUCCAAGUUACCACAGAACUGCUGCCCACUUCUUGUAUUUGUGAAUCCAAAAAGUGGUGGUCUAAAAGGUCGAGAUCUGCUGUACAGUUUUAGAAAACUGCUAAACCCACAUCAGGUCUUUGAACUUACCAAUGGUGGCCCACUGCCUGGGUUUCACACAUUCUCUAAAGUCCCCUCCUUCCGCGUGCUGGUGUGUGGAGGGGACGGCACGGUGGGCUGGGUCCUUGGUGCACUGGAGGAGACCAGGCACAAGCUGGUGUGCUCAGAGCCCUCGGUUGCCAUCUUACCGUUAGGAACAGGUAAUGACUUAGGGAGGGUCUUGCGCUGGGGAGCUGGCUACAGUGGAGAGGACCCCUACUCAGUUUUGAUUUCCGUGGAUGAGGCGGAUGAUGUUCUUAUGGAUCGUUGGACUAUCCUUUUGGAUGCAGAAGAGCCAGCUGAAGGUGCAGAGAAUGGCGUUGCGGAACCUGAGCCUCCAAAGAUUGUACAGAUGAACAAUUACUGUGGUCUUGGCAUUGACGCAGAGUUGAGCUUGGACUUUCAUCAUGCUAGAGAAGAAGAACCAGGGAAAUUUAAUAGCAGGUUUCACAACAAAGGAGUUUACGUGAAAGUUGGGCUGCAGAAGAUAAGUCAUACCAGAAAUCUUCACAAAGACAUAAAGCUUCAAGUGGACCAGCACGAGGUGGAGUUACCAAGUAUAGAAGGACUCAUUUUUAUUAAUAUACCCAGCUGGGGGUCCGGAGCUGAUCUCUGGGGGUCUGAGAGUGAUAACCGCUUUGAGAAACCACGCAUCGAUGACGGCCUUUUGGAGGUGGUUGGUGUGACUGGCGUUGUUCACAUGGGUCAAGUCCAAGGUGGCUUUCGAUCAGGAAUCCGCAUAGCCCAAGGCUCAUAUUUUCGUGUCACACUCUUAAAGCCGAUUCCAGUUCAAGUUGAUGGAGAGCCCUGGAUUCAGGCCCCUGGACAGAUUAUUAUUUCUGCUGCAGGACCAAAGGUCCAUAUGUUGAAAAAAUCCAAGCAGAAACAGAAAAAAACUGGAAGCCUGAGAGAGAUGAAAGUGGAUACCACAUCAGUCUCUGAAGGAGGACGCUAAGUGCUCAGAAGUGAUGCAGCACACCUACAUGUAGAUACCAAGAUGGCUCAGUAAAACCAAGUGCAGACAGCUAAUGAAGAGGGUUGCUCAUGAGUGUGCCUUUCAUUACAUUUUGAUAGUAGUGGAUUCUACUUCGUCUUUCAAAGAUAGUGCCUCGUUGUUACAAAUAACUAUUACGUACCACUUGUCUCAUCUGAAAUGUUUACUUUGGGUUGCUUUUCCAUAAGCCAUUUCCCAGUUUUUCGUAUGUAUAGAAACUGAGGCCAAACAUAGAUUCCAAGAUGCUGAGAUUUCUGCAUCUACCUUCACAAAGACUCUUCCCUUUCUCCCAGCUUUUUCUUAAAAUCAUUCAAUAGAUAAAUUUUGGUGCAUUGUUCCAUAAAUGAAAAUGUGUUCCUUUAAAUUAAUGCUCACAGUAGCCUCCCAACCAAAAAAAGGCAUGAGCUGCUGAGAACUCCUUGGAUCAGUCCAAGUGGCACAGCUGAAACAGUACUGCCGUAAAGAGAAAAACAGAAAACACAGGAGACAUGAUUUCUAUAAAAGGAGUCCUGUGCACUGGGAAGAGAGAAAGUACCAGAACAGUUGAGUCAAAAUAUUUCAGAGAGUUUACCUCAACAGUAUUAGGACAGUACGAAUGAAGGAGAAACAGCUUGUAGAGCAAGUUUUGAACUGCAACUUAGUUUCUCCUGUAUUAUUCAGCCAAAGCCUGUUUUAAAAGGCAUUUGAAUUUCAGCAGCUACUACUCUAAUAUAAAAAAGGAACAAGAAUACCGGAGGCAGUAUUACAUUAUACUGAUCAUUGAAACCAUUAUCGUUGACACCAGACUUUUAUUCUUGUCUUUACUUGUGCUAUUUCAUUUUCAUUAAUAUGUCACAGUUGGACUGUUAUUUAACAGCAAGCUCCAAGACUAAAAGAACGAUCACUAAUUAGGGUAAAAGAAGUACCAUUUAGUGUUCACUUAAGUAAAUCGGCACAGUCAUAUGUUAGGGCUGAACUGAAGUACAGCAUAGCUUCACUGAGGAGCCUGAGGAGGUAUUGAAGCCUGUAGUGUGCAUGUAACAUGCAGUAGGCUUCAGAUAACUGGGAAUGUGAUAGCAUCAGGAAAACUCACUUACCUGGUCAGCCUUAUCAAGUCCUUGGUGUGUGUUGUUAUCAGCUGUGGGCCCAGGGACACAGUGACUGUCUUUUUUCUCACUUGGAUAUAUGUGUGCUCUUCAGAGGCUGUUCCUCUGUCAGCUCCUGUGAGACAGAUCACCUCUCUGCCCUUACCCAUUUGCUGAAGAUGUGGGGAUCCAGUACUUCUUUUACAGCUUCCUGCUAGAGACUGGUGCUAGAGCGGACAUGCCGGUCCUGUCAUACACUACAUAUAUCUGCUGUCCAUGGCUGUAGUUUUGCAGGUUUUCACCCACAUCCCUGCUGGUCUCAUCUCACCGUGGUUCUCCAGUGACUGAACCUUUCACUUCAGGUCAUCAUCAUAAACAAGGGGCCCACUGAGCCAGUCGUGGUGCAGGGGGCCUGCAUGGCUUUGCUACUUGUAUGCAUCUGCUGCCUUGAGCUGCGUAAGCCACGCUGGCCAGAGCCCACUUAACUAGCCAGUGGGCUUACUUGUCCUCUGUUGCACAGUAGUAACAAAUUCAGCUAUGUAUGGCAUGAAUUAAUCACUCAAGUGGCAGCUUUGGGAGCAUUCCUCUUGUUACUGUGUCUAGAAAAAACAUCUCCACCUGCUUCAGGGGACUUCAGUGUAACUCUGAAAUAUACAAAAGCUGUUUGUGUAGGAGCCAGUUGUGUGCUGAGGCAGUUCAUGCUGGGUCUUGUUGAUCAGUCUGUACUCUAAACACUGUGCCAGCUUCAGCAACAUCUGAUCAUUACGUGUUUUACGCUUUGCAGUCAUGGUGCAGACGAGGGUGCGAAUGUGGGUGCUGUAAGACAGUCAUUGACAGCAACAGAAUGAUAUAGCUAAAGCUGUAAACAGAGACAAAACAUGCAAAAAUGGCAGCUGCCUGCAGCUUCUCCUUCCUGUCCAGUGAUUCCUCUUAUUCGUAGUGUUCUGGUAGAUGCACAUUUGGAGGGCUGACUUCUGUUUAAUGAAGCGUGUUAUUAAUUGUUUCGAUUGUUAAUUUAAUUUUAGAGAUGUUCUUCAGGUACUACUGUGUAGACUACAGCUUAUCUUUUUAUUCAACAUGCAAACUGGACUCAUGCUAUGAAGGAGGUAGUGUGGAUAGUACAGAGCUAAAAUCCUCGUCUCCUUAUCAUUAGACACAGAGUUCUCUCCUUCAUAAUCUGGGCAUGAAGGAUCAGCUGGAGCCCUUCUGGCAUCCUGGUACCAGCAUUACAAGUAGGAAGGUUAAAGUGUUGCAUUUCAGGGUAUGCCCUCUCAGGAUGUGGCUCACAAAUGAGAGAGGAAAUUUGAAACAGACUGCUGCUUGUAAGUACUCAGAAAGCCAGAGAAACUGCUUUGUGUCCUAAGGGCAGCAGAAAGAAUGCAUGGUGGUCUUUCCAGUUGCUGACUCAGUAGUGGGGAGGAAAACUGGACUUUUUGUUAGAGAAAACACAUGUAAGUUUUAAGCUUGCUGGUACUCACCACCUUCUCCAGCCCAAGUACGUCUUCUUAUUUUUCUAGACACGCAUUAUCCUGCAGCAUGCAACUGACAGUGUUUCGUGUUCCUGGCUCAUUAAGGGCCUGGCUGUCUCUCCUUGUUGCUCAGUAUCUGUUACCUGAAAUAACAUGAAACUCUCAGGCCACAGUGUUUUAAUCAGAGGGCCCCUUACUGUGGCAUAUCCUUCCAUAGGGAUUUUCCAUCCCUGGAACACUGUAUAAGCCUGUCUCGGGGUAGCACUGUGGUAGCAAGGCGACACAGAAGUAUGCAUGUGUUCUCUUAACUGCCAGAGGGGAUCCUGGCAGAGGGCAGGAAGGCUUUUGAGUUUUCUUUUCCUUCCCUUUUCUCUUUUUCCAGAAACUGACUCCCCCAUGUUGUUUGAGCAGAUGAGUGCCACACUGAAAUGAAAAUGUAUCUUAAGAAAAACACAUUUGGCAUUUAAGGUCUCUCUGCAUCAUAAAAUGAUUCUUAGUAUGUCUGGAAGACAGAACAGAUUCCUGGGCAGUUGAGAGAGGAACACUUCUUUUGAAGCCUUUAAAAGCAGUAACUUGCUAUUUAACCCCUUUAUUAAGAUGUUCCAGUUUCAGGUACUGUAAAGGCCAGUAUAUCAAGAAUAUAUAUUCUUUUUUUUUUUUUUUUACAUUUCUGUCACACUUAGUAUCUGAGAGAGCCUAGUUUUUUCUUCCAUAGUAUGUAAGGCUUUCUCGAAAAGAGGAGAUAACUCUUUGCAAUUAAUACAAAAUGUUUUGACUUAGCCUUUACAUUAAACAAAACAAUGGAGUAUGAUUUACAUAAUAGUGGGCAGAUAAAUUAUUUCAGCACUGAGUCUCUGAGUAACAUUGUUUGAGAACCUAGUGGUCACAGGCCAAGUGCUUUAAAUAAUGCAGUAACAAAAGUGUUGGGGAAGAGGCUUGGUUCUGUCAGGACAGGUGUUAAAUCAACAUGAGGGACACAGGACCAAGAACCAUAAUCUAUAGACAGGGAGAAGAUGCAAGCUUAUUGCUAUGUGAGCACAGUCCUUCAUCCGCCCUCCACUGCCCUGCCUUUUUGCCUUGCCUAUAAACCACAGCAGGCACAGAUAGCACAGAUAGCGUGUCUGCUGCUGAGACAUGCACUCCUGACCUUUUGCUCGUGUCCUACUAGGCUUUGCCAGCACAGGGGAGAAGGAGGGUCCUGAAAAUCAAGGUGCGUUUCAAAUACUAUUUGAAAUUGCACCACUAGAUACCAACCCACUACUGCAGAUGAGAAGGUGGUCAGCUGGUUAAAAUCUGUUUUGAUGGGUAAACACAUUACCUCUGUCUCAAAUCAGGAGAACCAAAAUUCAAAAGCUCAUCCCUGUGAUACAGGUGCUAUUUCAGAAAAUGCACUGCUUUUCCCCCAUGGCUUUUACGCUUGAUUUGUAUAGUUUAAGUAGAUGAUGUUUUCAUUGCACUGGUUUUUAAAUGAAACAGUGUUAUUUUGCCAAAAACUCUUUGUUU